AUGUCUCCCUUUGUCCGCUACGUCCUCUCGGCAUUCCUCAGCAACCAUAUCCAUCUGAAGUUUGGCCAACGCGGCGUCGCCGUCAUCGCUCCCAUAUGCCACAUCGUCGCCUACAUCAACAUCUCCCAACACCCGCCCUACCCGGUGCUGGUCGCGGUGUUUGUCAGUUCCGGCUUGGGUAACGGUCUGAGUGGCGCCGGGUGGAACGCUUACAUUGGGAAUAUGGCAAGGGCGAACGAGAUCCUCGAUGUCUUGCAUGCUUCUUAUGGCGCCGGUGGCGUGAUUGCCCCGUCGAUUGCCACGACCAUUAUCAAUAAGGGCAACCUGGGUUGGUGGAUGUUUUACUAUGUCAUGGUGAGUCUCAAGCCCACUAUCCUUUACUCAUGA